UAGUUUAUUAGUUUAAGUUUUUUGAUAAAGUUUUGUAUAAGAUUUGAUCAGUUUUUCAAUAAAAAUGUAUUGAUAUAUUAGUGAAUAAGCUUCGUUAAGUGUAAGAGUGAAAAUGGAGAAGAUAAAUUGCAGUUUGCUAUUGAUAUCUCUCUGUGCUUUGUUAUGGGGUGUGGCCGGCCAAUACGAGUGGCAAUUGAGAGAUGCUUUCGAUGAAAUUAGAGGCAGAAUUGACAGAGUUUCCGCAGAUAACUGCUAUAUUACACAUCUUGAUGAUUUGUUUCUUCCGCCAGACUCUGUUUCACAUCAUCCGGAUGUAAAAGAGAUCAAUAUUAACCCUGUCUUUCCUAACCGAACGGCGCUGCUUCAUUUACACAACAUGGCAAUGAAUCGAGCGUUUUUCUGGAGCUAUAUCCUUCAGUCUAGGUUUAUCCGACCGGCUAUCAAUGAUACAUACGAUCCUGGCAUGAUGUAUUACUUUCUUUCAUCAGUGGCGGAUGUUUCUGCAAAUCCGUACAUAAACGCCAGUUCUCUAUACUUCUCGCCAAAUAUGUCCUACACGUCGUCAUAUAGAGGGUUCUUCAAUAAGACCUUGGCCAGGUUUGCACCUAGAGCUUACAGAUCUGAUGACUUUAAUGAUCCUGUGCAUCUACAGAAGAUCUCAACCAUGAAUACAUUUAUUGCUGAAGAUCUGGGAGCAUUUGAUCCAGAGAGUUUGUCCAAAGACUACACAUCAGAUUUUUACCGCACUAAUGAAUGGUACAGCAAGUGGCUUCCUGAUAGGGUUGGAGAUCGACAUGACACAAAAACAACCUACCAGGUUGAAAUAAGAUAUGCAAAUAACACAAAUGAGACAUUUACAUUUCAUGGACCUCCUGGUAACGAUGAGGUACCAGGCCCUGUGAACUGGACGCGCCCUUACUUUGACUGCGGAAGACUGAACAAGUGGCUGGUUGCCGCAGUCUCCCCAGUUGCAGAUAUCUUCCCGCGGCACACGCAGUUCAGACACAUUGAAUAUCCUAAAUAUACGGCUGCUGUAGUGAUGGAGAUGGACUUUGACAGGAUAGAUAUAAACCAAUGCCCUGAGAGUCAGGGCAAUGAUAAGCCGAACCGGUUUAAAGCAACAGCAAGAUGCAAAAACGAAACAACAGAGUGCGAGCCUAUCCACGGCUGGGGUUUCCGCCGCGGCGGCUACCAGUGCCGCUGCAAGCCGGGCUACCGCCUGCCGAGCAUCGUCCGUCGCCCGUAUCUAGGCGAGAUCGUCGAACGAGCCACCUCUGACCAGUACUUUAACAACUUUGACUGCCUGCCUAUUGGAUGGAUCCAGCGACUGCCCGUGAAAUGGGAGCGUUCGCUCCCGUUCCUCCGCGCCAUGUACCUGGACAAGUACUACGAGUACGUGAACGCGAGCACCGGCCCGGCCGCGCUGCACACCGAGCGUCCCAAUGUAUACGAAGUGCUUAGUUUCAUACGGAGCGUGCAGCCUCACAACUGCUCAUUAUACAACCCAUCCGACCUCUUCUUGAACGGCGACAUCGCCUACGGCGCAGAAGAACAAUUCGCUAACCAGGCCAAGAUGGCAGUCCGCUUGGCCAACUUCAUCAGCGCGUUCCUGCAGAUAUCGGACCCGAUGGAGGUGUUCAGCGGCACACGCGUCGCCGACAAACCACUCACUGAGGACCAGAUGAUUGGCGAGACCCUGGCUCUAGUGCUUGGAGACUCCAAGAUUUGGUCUGCCGGCAUAUUCUGGGAUAGAAACAAAUUCAUAAAUCGAACUUUCUUCGCACCAUUUGCUUACAAGACUGAACUCAACACUAGGAAAUACAAACUUGAGGAUCUUGCUAGGCUCAACACUACUGAGGAACUGUACACCAACCAACCAUGGUUCCAAUUCCUGAAACAACGCUGGUUGACCAACUUCGACAGCCUCGAGAAGUUCUUCCUCAAAAUGAAAAUCCGCGAUGACGAGUUCGGCAAAUACUUGAAACACUACGAGAGAUACCCGACGUCGUAUAUGGCGGCUAACCUGAAGCAUGGCCACUGGACCACGCCCUACUUUGACUGUAAAGGGCAUCUAAAGCAGUGGGUGACCACGUAUGCCGCGCCGUUCUUUGGGUGGGAUAGUGUUAAAGUGAAAUUGGAAUUCAAGGGUGUGGUGGCGGUGACAAUGCAGCUGAUGUCCUUAGACAUCAACCAGUGCCCCGACAAGUACUACGUGCCUAAUGCCUUCAAGGGAACCGAUAAAUGUGACAGGCUAUCUUCUUAUUGUGUACCAAUCCUUGGUCGUGGCUUCGAGGCUGGCGGCUACAAGUGCGAAUGUCUCCAAGGUUACGAGUACCCGUUCGAGGACGAGAUCACGUACUACGACGGGCAGAUCAUGGAGGCCGAAUUCCAGAACGUCAUCGAGGACAAGAAGACCCGCAUAGACAUGUUCAAGUGCAGGCUGGCGGGCGCCGCCGCCAUACAGAGCAGCUUCGCUGUGCUGCUAGCCGUAUUAUGUUUAGUUUAUAAGCUUAGGUAAACAAUGCACUGAGAAUUUAGUAUAAAGUUAUUGCGGCGGGCAAAUAAAAACUUGGGUAAGCCCUUUAAAAUUGUACAAAACGUACGUAG